AUGCCUCCUCAAAACCAGGCGGCAUGGAUUCCUGCCAAAAAGGUCAUUCCAUUCAAAGUUGGUGAUGCGCCAUAUACCCCUCCCGGUCCCGGCCAGGUCGUGGUCAAGAAUGGCGCCGUGGCUAUUAACCCUUUCGACUGGGUGUUGCAGUUCAUUGGUCCGGCGCUCGCUGGGUAUAUCAAGUACCCUUUCAUCUUUGGUACCGACGUUGCUGGCGAAGUAGUCGAGGUUGGCCCCAAUGUGGAGCGCUUCCACGUUGGCGACCGAGUCUUCGGCAGUGCUACGGCGUUAGCUAAAGAGGUCAACAGCCCGGCCGAGGGAAGUUUCCAGCUCUAUACCGUGAUGCGACAACAUAUGCUGUCACCUACCCCUUCUCACAUUACCGAUGAACAAGCCUGUGUCUUGGGGCUCGGUCUUGGGACUGCAGCGUACGGCCUAUUCCACCCAGGCUAUCUGGGCCUCGACAUGCCCCAGAUCCCCGCACCCAUAAAGGCUAUGGGCAAGGCGGGCAAACCACGCACUGUUAUCAUCACUGGUGGUGCGUCGAGCGUUGGGAGCAAUGCCGUGCAGCUCGCUGUGUCUGCCGGUUACCAAGUCUUGUCCACCUCCUCGGCCAAAAACUUUGACUACGUCAAGGGCCUCGGUGCCACCCAUGUCUUCGACUACAAUAGCAAAACGCUGGUCAAGGAUCUCCUUGGUGUGCUUAAGGGCCACGAGCUUGUGGGUGCCUACACCAUUGGCCGUGGCGCAGUCGAAGUAUGCACCGCUAUUAUGAAGAAACAUGAUCCCAAGCUCACCAGGAAGCGCAUCGCCGUGGCUGGUGCUAUUAUCCCUGCCAAGAAACUCACGUCUUUCGUCGGAAAGGGCACAUUUUUGAUGGGCAUGGUAGGCGGCAUGAUCAAGUCGACCGGGACGCGCCUUGUCACUGGAGUUGAGGCUAAAUUCAUCCUCGUCGACGGCCUGGUCGACCCCAAGAGUGUCGUUGCUCGUGUCUACAUGGACUUCCUGCCGCAUGCGCUGGAGCAGGGCCAAUUUGUCCCAGCUCCUCCACCGCAGGUUGUCGGCAAGGGACUGGACAAGAUUCAAGAGGCUUUGGAUCUCCAGAGAAAAGGGGUCUCGGGAAAGAAGCUUGUUGUGACGCUGUAG